UUUUUUUUUUUUUUUCUUUUCUCUCACUUUUUUUCUCAUCUUCAAAGCUUUUUUAUCCGACCCUUUACGCGUCGCGAAAAAGAAAAAAACCCAGAUGAACAACGAAAUGGAAAAAAAUAUCAAAAAUUUAUCCGUCCAAAGGACGCGCGUCGCAGGUAUGAAAAUGCAUGUUGUUCUUACGUUACGUCAGGUGAACUAUACAGAUCCGAGUGACCGUGGAAAAAAAAAAAAAUACGCAGAAAAUUUGCAUCGCUUUGAAACCAGGUACGUAUUAUUCCGACGGAUACUUGCAAACGUGUCGAUCGUAAAUUGAGAUAAACGAAGUAAAAAAUAAAACAGAAAUUGAAGAAAAAAAAACCGAAGAAAGUACAACUGAAAUGUCGCGUCAAGUUUUACAACGUGUCAGUAAUUUUUCACGUGAGAUACGAACGAGCUGUACUUUACAAUAAUUUAUUGCACAACUGCACAUAUCAUGUGUACGCGAACGGGGAGAUUAGCACGAAAUUCAUGUUUAUUUAAAUUCCUUUUUUUUACGCAACGCCGGGUUUCGAAUCAGCCCAAAUUCACCUUUGAGUAAUUUUCUUUGCACCUCUUUUCUUUCGAAAACGAGAAUGUCCCUCCGUUUUCGUUCAGCAAUUGCGUUUUUUCACUUCGUUCGAAUAUUUCUUUUCUCUUGUAUUUAAUAAUUUCUCAUUUUUUAAGGUCUCUUUUUUCGCAAUCAUUUUCGUUUUCGUACUCGUAAAGUUGCGAACCAAAUUUCCCGAGUUCAUAAAGCCAAAAAAAAAAAAUUGUUCCUAUCGAAAUCGUGCAUGAGUCUCGUACGAUGGUAAUUGACUCGGUAAUUAUUUCUCAUUAGGAUGACGAAUCGUAAUUAGUGUCUAGCGUUGAUAUUACCUUUCGGUACAAACACUCGCGUGCGUACCAACCUACUCUCCAUAAAUGCAUACAUAUUUCUAUGUACCGUACGUAGCAAAUGUGGUCCCUAAAACUGGGAUUUCAAUCAACAAAAUUAAUUGAUUAGUCGUGAAACGGUAACGAAUUCAUCGGUGUUUGAUGAUAUUAUUUGGACGUGGGAUAAAUUAAUACGGGCCUACUGAUAUUUGUGACUGAGCGUAUAUACCUUGCGUACACGGUGAUUCCUACAUGUACACGGAUACAAUAAAUGGAACCAAUGACAACGAGUGAAAAGAAGUUUGAUAAUUUUUGUGAAAAUGUCGCUCCUAUGAUCAAAGAAAAAACAAAUCGCGCAGAUAUAACGGUUCGUGACGUGAAAGAAAAGCGGAGAAAAAAGAAGAAAUCAAAUGAAAUGACGGAAAAAGAAAAACAGAGUUCUCGUCUUUUCCGUUUUAUCGGAUUUUAAUCUUCAUAUCCACGCACAUUUUAUUUCUACUUCAAAAAUAUCAACGAUCUACCUGGAGAAGUUUGAUAAUCUAUGAGAUUUGGUACAAUCAACAGUGAAUUGAUCUUUCGAAAUAUAUGAUUUCCUUUUAUUUUUUCAGUUUUCUCUGAUUCUAUUCCGCUCCAUGAAUUGGAACAAAGAGAGAUGAGGAUAAAAAAAAAAAUCAAGUGGACGAGCAAUCGAGAUUGCAUUUCGAAGUUUGCGUAUACUGCGGUCGCUGUAUAUAGCACAGUAACCUAUAUACCAUGGAUAUGUAUACCUGCAGAUAAAUAGGUAUUUAAAUGAGGAUCGGAUGUUGUCGCAAACCUUUGCAAUAAAGAGCGGGUUAACAAAAGCUCCGAGUAAAACUCGAUCCCCCGUUUUAUAUCGUAUUUACUUGCAAAUACGAUCGACCCUCCCUCAUACCCGCGGUGCAACGUGUUACUUCUUUUUACUUCACUCGUUUCAUUUAUGCAUAAAAUCUCUUCUAACUGUGACGAUAUUGAAUUUAAUUUGUUUCUCGCAAAAGAGAAAAAAAAAAAUCAGAAAAAGAGAACUGCGCUUUGUCAUUCGCGUCCGAAAGUAAUAUGACCUUUAACGUACCAGAAACGUUCGAAGAUUGUUUUUCUCCUCCUUCUUUCAAUUUACAUAAUGAGAAAGGGAACAUCGUUGAAUCACGCCGGAUAUUUUUUAACGAAACAAAUACGACACAUCGUCCGAUUCUCGAUUUCGUUACGAUCGUCUCGAAUGUCGACCGCAAAAUGUUUUAGGUAGGGGAAGCAGGUGGGUCGAAACGUAACGCGGAGUCGGUUGAAAAAUAGUGGAGACCCUGAUAUGGAAGGAAGCGUGAGAAGGAGAGCGUUUUUUUUACUUCGCAUCGGAACCGCGGAAACUUUUGAUAAAAAAAAAUCGUCAGUCAGCGAGCCGACGCAGAGAUGAGAGGGUCGUGGUGUUUUUUUAUACUGAUAUUAAAUUUUCUCGCUCUAUUCUGCAACGGCUACCGAAUACUGGGUGUAUUUCCCUUUAAUGGAAAGAGCCACUUUGUCAUGUUUGAACGCCUGAUGAAAGGGCUGGCGGUACGGGGCCACCGAGUGGACGUCGUGGGCCAUUUUCCACUCAAGAAACCCUUCCCCAAUUACAACGACAUCGUCAGUCUCGACGGCACCCUACCGAAUCUGGUGAACAACAUGACCUUGGAUUUCGUUGAAAAAAUUAGAAACGUUUACUCGCCGGCGACCACCAUAUCAACCGUCUUCGGCACCGAAUUGUGCCACCUGAUGGAUCAUCCCCGUUUCAAAAACCUCAUUCAAAAUCCGCCCGGAGAUCCGCCCUACGACUUGGCCGUCGUUGAGAUAUUCGGGGCUAACUGUUACCUGGCUCUGGGUCACCAUUUCGGGGUGCCCGUGGUCGGGAUAGUCACGGGUCUGAUGUUUCCCUGGAUUAACAAGCUGGUGGGGAAUCCCGACAACACGGCGUACGUACCGAACAGUUUUUCGUCGUUUACGGGUAGCAUGAAUUUUUGGGAGAGAGUCGAGAACACCGCGAGUCACAUCGCGAUGAAUUGGAAGUUCGACAGAGGCGCGAGUCGACAGGACGAUCUGAUAAAAAAAUACAUCGGUCCGGACGCGCUCAGCGUUGAGGAGGCGAGAAAAAAUAUCUCUCUGGUCCUCGUCGGUUCUCACUACACUCUGAACGGCCCCAAACCGCUGGCCAGUUCCGUGAUAGAAGUCGGAGGACUCCAUAUCGAGGAAAAUGAAUCAACGUUGCCGGACGAUCUGAAAAACUGGUUGGACGGAAGCGACGAGGGUUUCGUUUACGUGUCCUUCGGAUCCAUGGUGAAAAUCGAAUCUUUUAGCGAGGAGACGAUAGCCGCGUUGUACGCCUCUUUGAGAAAAUUAUCGCCGAUCAGGGCGCUCGUGAAAAUAGCGGAACCGGAGCUAUUGCUGCCGGGUCUGCCGAGCAACGUCAUGACCAGCCCGUGGAUACCGCAGGUAGCGGUACUGAAGCACAAAAAUAUUCGCGCGUUCGUUACGCACGGCGGUUUAAUGGGGACUCAGGAAGCGGUCUACGCGGGUGUUCCGAUGAUAGGGAUUCCACUGUUCGGCGAUCAGGAUCAGAACGUCCGACUAUACGCCAAGUUGAAAUUGGCGGUGAUUCUGAAUCUGUACGAAAUAACCGAGGAGAAUUUGGACGCCGCGUUCGACGCGGUGUUACGCGAUCCCACGUACAAGAAAAGUGCGAAGAUAAUGUCGAAGAGAUUUCGGGACCGUCCGACGAGCGCUUUGGAGACGGCGAUUUUUUGGAUAGAGCACGUCGUCAGAGACGGAGGAUCCGGCCUGAAAUCUCCCGCGAUACAUCUGACCUGGUGGCAAAUUUCGCUGCUCGACGUUUACGCGUUUUUUAUCCUACUGAUAGCCGUUAUCGGCUCGAUAACUCUCGCCGCUAUUUUAAAACUGAAGAAACUAUUCCGGCGUCAGGGAAUAAAAAUUGCAUUGACCCGUAAAAAAGUGACUUAGCGAAAACUAUACUUAUACCGAAAUCGCUGUUUGAUUUAACGAUCGGCUGUUACCCCGUGUUUAUUCAUUUUAUUUCAAUCAGGACUACGCAUCAGUUUCACAAUGUGGAGAAAAGGCGGUUAGAUAUGUGUGAAAACUUUCCGUCCCGUACGGAGCGAGUUGAACCGCAAAGUAGAUCGCCCGCUCUUAUCUUCCGCGCCGGAGGUUCGGGUACCCCUUGAGAUUCGGCAAACAAAAUAGGCGACCGCGGAAAUCAGCGGACGACGCGAACGGAAUUUUCUCCGAUUUGCCUCUAUUGCGCCUCCGUCGAGUAUCGCGAGUCAAUCACCUAUACAUUUGUAUCUUCCGACGAUACGUCGAAGAGAGUGAAUGGGGCGAAUGACGAGGCAGAAAACGUCCGAUAACGAGGAUUAAGCAGAUCCUCUCGAAAGUACGAAUCAUCGAAGAUUAGAUAAAAACGAGUCUAAUAAUACACGGCGAUUGAAAAUUCGGACAUUGUACUCAGGAAAGCUGCGUUAAUCCGGUCUGCCUCAAUGGUCAGUUUCCAUAUCACGCGCUCUCGGAGAUCAUAGCGUACGCGUACCCUAUUGAACGAAUGUCACAUGAUACCGCUAAUCAAAGA